GCAGCGCAGGGAGCUGUCCGCGUCAGUCGGUGCUGAAGUCUCCUCGCAGAAGCAUCGUCGCCAUCAUCGUCCUCGUCCUCUUCUUCCUCCGCAGCCAGGAUGGAGGAAGAGUUAAAAUGUCCCGUGUGCGGUUCCCUCUUCAAGGACCCGGUGCUGCUGCCCUGCUCCCACAACGUGUGUCUGGCCUGCGCGCGGAACAUCACCGUGCAGACGCCGGACGGCGACACCGCGGUGCAGAGCCGCGCGUCGGGCGGCAGCUCGGACUACGACUACCUGGACAUGGACAAGAUGAGUCUGUACAGUGAGACGGACAGCGGAUACGGCUCCUACACGCCGACGUGCCAGCUCAAGUCGCCGAACGGGGUUCGGGUGUUUCCGCCAGCCAUGGCUCACCGACACUGCUCGCUCACCUGCCCGCUGUGUCACCGAAGCGUCUCCCUGGACGAGCGGGGGCUCCGGGGUUUCCCUCGGAACCGGCUGCUAGAGGCCAUCGUGACGCGGUACCAGCAGAACCGCGCCGCCUCCGCGUCCUCUUCAUCCUCAUCUUCAUCCUCCUCCUCCUCUUCCUCAGCAGCGGUGAAGUGCCAGCUGUGUGACCGCAACCCGGUGGACGCGGCGGUGAUGUGCGAGCAGUGCGACGUCUACUACUGCAACGCCUGCCAGCAGCGGUGCCACCCGUCCCGCGGUCCGCUCGCCAAACACCGGCUGGUGCCGCCGAACCAGGCGGCUGCAGGUGGAGGUGGAGGAGCAGGAUCGGGAGGGACCGGGCAGCAGCAGCCGCAUCAGCCGCCUGCCACGGCGCGAAAACCGGCGACCUGCGUGGACCAUGAAGCGGAGAACUUCAGCAUGUUCUGCUGCAGCUGCAGAGCCCCGGUGUGUAUGAAGUGUCUGGAGGAGGGAAAACACGCCAAGCAUGACGUCACGCCUCUGGCAGUGAUGUGGAAACAACACAAGUGUCAGAUCUCCCAGGCCCUGAACGGCGUCUCGGAAAAAGCCAAAGACGCCAAGGAGUUUCUGGUUCAGCUCAAGAACAUGCUUCAGCAGAUCCAGGAGAGCGGCGUCGAGUUUGAAGCUUGCCUCGUGGCUCAGUGCGACUCGCUGAUCGAAGCGCUGACCAGACAGAAAGCCAAACUCCUCACCAAGGUCACCAAGGAGAAGGAGUACAAACUCAAGGUGGUGCGCGACCAGAUCACCCACUGCACCAUGAAGCUGCGUCAGACCACAGGGAUGAUGGAGUUCUGUCUGGAAGUCCUCAAAGAGAACGACCCCAGCGGGUUCCUCCAGAUCUCAGAUGCUCUGAUCAAGCGGGUAACGUCGUCUCAGGACCAGUGGGUGAAAGGCGCCCUGGAGCCAAAGGUCGGCCCCGACUUUGACCUCACACUCAACACCAACCUGCUGCUCCAGACCAUCCUGCAGCUGGACUUCUGCCAAGGCAAAGAUGUGCAGGAGAAUCCGUUUUUGAAACAAAUGCAAGCCGCAGACAGUGGUGAGACUGAGAUGGAGACAGAGAGUCCAGGAGCAGUGGAGGCGGGUCCCGCAGUGCCGCCGGCCCCGCUCCUGCAGCUGGAGAAGUGCUGCACCAGGAACAACAGUGCCACUCUGGCCUGGAGGGUGGCCGCGCUCCCCGGGAACCCCGUCGAGGGCUACAUCCUGGAGUUGGACGACGGCAACGGAGGACAGUACAGGGAAGUGUACGUGGGGAAGGAGACGGUGUGCACAGUGGACGGCCUCCAUUUUAACAGCUCCUACAACGCCAGGGUGAAAGCCUAUAAUGUCGUUGGUGUGGGGCCGUACAGCAAGACAGUCAUUCUCAAGACCUCAGAUGUGGCCUGGUUCACCUUUGACCCCACCUCGGCUCAUCGGGACAUGGUUCUGUCCAACGAAAACCAGACUGUGAGCUGUAACAGCUACGACGACCGCGUGGUGCUGGGAACGGCCGCUUUCUCUAAGGGUGUCCACUAUUGGGAGGUCUGCAUCGAUCGCUACGACAACCACCCGGACCCGGCGUUUGGUGUGGCGAGGAUCAACACCAUGAAGGACAUGAUGCUGGGGAAGGACGACAAAGCCUGGGCCAUGUACGUGGACAACAACCGCUCGUGGUUCAUGCACAACAACUCCCACACAAACAGGGCGGAGGGCGGCAUCAGUAAAGGCUCGACGGUGGGCGUCCUGCUGGAUCUGAACAAACACACUCUGACCUUCUUCAUCAACAAGGAGCAGCACGGACCGACUGGCUUCGCCAACCUGGACGGGGUCUUUGUGCCGGCCGUCAGCCUCAACAGGAACGUACAGGUGACCUUACUGACCGGUCUGGAGGUGCCGAAGAACACCAGACAGUAGUAGCUCCUCUGAUUCUCUCUCUCUGAGCGUGUUCUGGAUACAAACACGCUCAUUUUUAUCCAACCUCACUUCAUCCUCCCACGUGGAUGUUUCCCAGUAACGUGAGGCGGAACUUCCUCCUCCUCUGCUCUCAUCCUCCUCAAGGUGUCCUUCAUGUCGGACGUUUAUGUCUGGUAAUUUGGGACAAACGCAUAAAUCGGAGUUAUCGUCGGCUGUAAAUACGACCGGAGCUUGCGGACGCGCUUGCAAGUACCCCUGGAGUGACCGUACUUCUAAUUACUUGUGCGUUAAUGUUGCAGCUGCUGCCGUCGCAGGAAUUCAUCAGCGUGAUGGGGACAAAUGUUUCUCCACGAGGCCUGAGACCAAACUUAUGAACAACCAAAACAACGACAUAGACUUCUACACU